UGCAGGUGGUGAAGCAGUGCGUGAGGGUCCCCGUGUUCGUGAUGAUCCGACCUCGCGGCGGCGACUUUCUCUACUCGGACCGGGAGGUGGAAGUGAUGAAAGCUGAUAUCCGCCUUGCCAAGCUGCAUGGGGCUGACGGGCUGGUGUUCGGGGCCCUCACUGAGGACGGGCGCAUCGAUACAGAGCUCUGCACAGCGUUGCUGGCGGUGUGCCGUCCCCUGCCAGUCACAUUUCACCGAGCCUUCGAUAUGGUGCAUGACCCUCUGGUGGCAUUGGAGACCCUGAUUUCUCUGGGGUUUGAGCGUGUGUUGACAAGUGGUUGUGACAGCUCAGCGCUGGAAGGAUUGUCCUUAAUUAAGAGGCUUGCGGAACAGGCGAAGGGCAGAAUUGUGGUGGUGCCAGGGGGUGGCAUCACAGAGCGCAACCUGCAGAGGAUUCUGGAAGGCUCCACUGCUUCUGAGUUUCACUGCUCUGCUCGUUCAGCCCGGGACUCUGGAAUGAAGUUCAGGAAUCCAAAUGUUGCCAUGGGAGCGUCCUUCUCUGCCCCUGAAUACUCCAUAAAGGUGGCAGAUGUGGCCAAAGUGAGGACCCUGAACGCGAUUGCAAAGAACAUUCUGUAGUAGAAGGCACCGUGCUGGGACAAGAGCGCUGAGACUCCAGGGUCUUCCCUGCCACAUGGACAGAUGGGUACCGUUUCCAUCCUCAGGCUGCAGAGGGUGUGAACUAGGUGAUGAAGCCUGACAUCUCUUCCCUUGGCUUCCCCUGAAUGACCAGUCCCUGGCCUGGAAACUUAUGUUGGCCAUUUUAAAUAAAAGGACUCAUUCCCAGAUGUUGCAGCAACAAGCUGUUCGGCAGUAUUUGGGAGAAAGGGAGCCGAGAAAGUAGGGGGAUUGAAUUGUGUAGCACUGCAUGUGAUUGUCAAAUAAACACUGCAGCUGCGCCCCCUCUU